AUGGCGGACAUAGCGGACAAAGCGGACAUAGCGAACAUGGCGGACAUGGCGGACAUAGCGGACAUAGCGGACAUGGAGGACAUAGCGUAUCCAUUGUACCCUGUCAAAGGGUUGAGACCAUCAUCGCUGCGCAAAUCGUCCUUCUCCAGCAGCAGCAGCAUCAACAACGCUUGUCCCCCGCCGCCGCCCACGCCGCAUCAGCACCAAUUGACCGCCAGCAGCAGCAGCAUCGUCAAUUCCAGCUCCAGCAAGUACCAGCAACAUCAACAUUCGCCACAUCAUUCAUAUCCGCAGCAACACCAACAUCAACAGCAGCAGCAACAGCAGCAGCAUAGACGCAACAGCAGCUCUAGCACCAACCAUACUGAAGGAGGCUGUAGCUUGGCCACCAAACCUGUUAUCAAUUUGCUUGGCAAUCAACUGCAGGUCAACUACUUUGAGUUUCCGCCCACCAGCAGCAACAUCAGUAGCAGCGCACACGCAAAAGCGAACAGCACACGCAGUGGCAACCCGCUGGUGUUGUUGGGCAAUCGUUGUGCCACCGCCACCGCUUCCACGCCCUCGCUUAAUUGCAAUUGCAACGGCAAUAGUCCGAGCUAUAGCUCUGCGGUUGCCAAAGCGGCUGCUUCAACAGCUUGUGCAGUUCUUGCCACGUGCCACGUGGCCAACAACAGCUCUAGCCCCACCGCAAACUUCAGUCGUAACCAACAACAGCAGCAGCAACAACUUCAGUCGACCACAGACAGCGACAGCAUGGGUCGACGUGAGAUUAAACGUUCCAAUACCAGCGGCUCCACCUCCAGAUCCUAUGACAGCGGCAGCGCCACCACAAAUUUUGUGGGCAAAUUCACGCAGAGCGUGCGUCGAAUCGUGCAGGAUGUAAAAGACGAGGGAGCACCCAGUGGCAUGACCCGUGAUGAGGUAAUCGAAACCAAUGAACGUCUACGUUCGCUACGCCUGCGCCUCGAGGAGUCCUACGAUACGGUGAAAAAGGCGCUGAUCAAUCUGAUGAACAAGUACGGCGACUCGAAGAGCCAUCGCAACAUAUUUCAACGCUAUCCCAUGCUCAAGCUAAUGAUAAAGGAAGUCAUACGCCUGGAGACUCAGUACUGGACAUUGGUGGACAUACCGCGCCAGGAGAAACAGGAAACCGUGCCGUCGUAUGUCAUGCGAGCCUGUUCCAUUAUGGAGAAGACGCAAAAGUCGGGCGAGGGCGUGAAGACGUCGGCCAAGCUGGCAGACGAGGCAGCAGAGCGCAGGGAGCGCAUGGAGCGCUUGGAACACAUGACAACGGCACAAAUCGAGCACGAGAACACACAGCUGAUUAAUGAUUUGUAUCGUUUGCUGAAAAAGUAUCUGGGCUUGCGGCAUUUGAUACGCGUGCUAAAGGAAGAGUACGGCAGCUCAAAGAUGUAUCCGAUAUUUCCACGAUACACAAUGCUCAAGGACAUGAUAAAGGGCAUUAUGCACGACCCCGACUACAUGGAGGUGUGUCACGAAACGCUGGCCAACUCCAACUGAGCCGAGGCCUCCGGAAAUGGCAGGCGUCGCAUGAGUGUCAUUUGAGAGGCCCACACAUAAGCAGAAACGAAAAGCAAAUAAACCAAACAACAACAACAACAGUAACAACAACUACUACAGCAUCAGCAAACAAACAACUACAACAGAAGCUCAUCCUGCCAUGUGUUCUCGCACACAACACAAAAAUGUGGGCAGGAUGCGAGUUGAGUGUGCUGAUUUCACAUGCGACUUUCAGUUAUUCCAGCUAAAUGUUAAGCUGCUUUUUUUUAAAAGCAUUCAAUGAUGUUCCGGGUGAGCGAUACUAACCUUUUUGAAUAGUUAGAUACAAAUCUUUAGAUAAUUUUCGCCAACUCACAAAGGCAACGCAACUAAAAGCAAACUCAACUCAACUCAACUAAACUCAAACUCAAACUCAAACUCAAAUUAAACACCCAUCUACUAAACUAAACACGCAAAGCCCCCACCACAGAACAGUGAAAUACUGACAACAAACAACAAAUGAAACUAUAAUCUAUAACUAUGUAUAACUGCAGAACUAUUUACUACAUUAGCGAAAGAUACAGAUACAAUUUGGUACUUAGCCAUAAGAAACCGACAAACAAAAGAAACGCAUUUAUUUUAAUGACCUUUUGAGAUGAAUAUAGAGAAUGAACAAAAAGCACAAAAACAAAUAUAAACUAUAACUGAAAAUUCAAGGAAAAUGCUAAACUAAAUAAAACUGAAAUCUUUAUGUAAUUUUUUAAUACAAAACAAACUCAAUACACUUAUGUUUUGUGUUCUAGACAGCGUUAUUCCAUUUCGAGAAAAACACAAAAUAUUAAAAAAAAACUAUUAUAUAUACUUAAAUAUAUACAUUACUUAUAUAGUUAGACAAUAUCAGGGAAAUGUUCCCAUAAUUAAAAUGAAUGAAACACUAAAUCAAAUUUCUUGACACUUUUUGACGGAAACACCAAGUUUAUUGCGGAAAUAGUUAUUUAUAUACUUACUUAUAUUCGAAAAGUGAAUAAAUGUGUAACUCAGGAUCAUAUGUUAUGGUUCCUUGACACUCCCGCAACUCUCACACACUAGAACAAAAACUACUUUACAAAACCACAAAAGAAAUACCAAAUGCUUUAAAUGUGUAAUUUUAUAUAAUUAUAAUUAGCCAAACAGCUUUAAGUCCUAUGCAAUUUGUUAUGAUAAAUAAAUCCUCCCCAAGUUCCCCAACCCCAAUUCCUAAUCUCCCACUCGACCCACAAAUGUUGCUGCUUUAUUGUAUGAGUAAAUGUAUAUGUUAUAGCUUUAGUGAGAACUAAUAAUCAAAUAAGAGAAACACAAUGCAAAACACUUUUAUACGAGACCAAUGACAAAAAAAACCAAAACAAAACAAAAACAAAAACAAAAAACUAUACGAGCUUACAGCAUUUUAGGGGACAAAGAAAAACCUAUCAACUAAUUUCCAUUUAAUUUCACGUUAGCGCCUCGAAUACUAUUGAUAGAUAACUAUGUUUUCAUAACUCAAGUGACAUGUUAGCUCAAUGAAAUUAAGUAAUUUGAAUAGGAGAAUUAAAUGAACUCGCAAUGCCAUAAGACAACAAUAUAUCAAGACACUCGCAACAACAAAUAAUGAAUACUAACUAUAAUAUUGACACCCACCCACCGAAUUUGGGCCUGCUCUAACACUGACCAACAAAAAGCAGAGUAGAGCUUGUUACCAAUUCACACACUGACAAUGCCAAAGACCACACAGACACACAAAUGAUGUUGAACUAACUCACUUCACUCACUGCAUAUACAAUUCAUUUAAAUGCCUAAAUUAAUCUUUUAAUGGCAUAUUUCAAUUUCAAUCAGUGCAAAUUUAAUUGUGUGUAUAAUCAUAACUUCCAUAUAUGUAUCAGUCUGUGUUUAUGUGUGUGUUUGUUUGUUUGUUUAACAGUGCUUAAUCAAAUGCAAUUGUUGGUUUGACACUUCAUAAAACACACCUCCAUAUAAACACACAAACACAGUCACUUGAAGAAUAAAAGCAUGACUCAAACCAGAAUAAUAAUUCUAUAUUGAUCGACCCCAAGGCGAAUGUGAUGAUGCAGCACACUGAAAACAUAAUUACUGAAUUAAUGUGGCAUUAUGUUACAUACCUAAAAAACAACACGACUCAUAAAAAUAAUUAAAUUAAUGAAAAAAUGAAUAAAAAGCAUAUAUUGUAGUUUAUAAAUAUUAUUUAGAUCUAUUUUGUUGUUGUGCAACGUAUGUGUACUACUAGUUAAAUGUUUGGUAAUUAAAUAAAUGAAUUUAAAACUGAUAAAGCCGAUGAAAGCAAGCAAAAACAACUACUAAGAACUAUCGCAAACAUAUUGAACAGAAUGUUAAUCAAAAAAACCAAAAGAAAACAAACAAAAAAACUAUAACAAUUUAUUAGCAAUAUGUGUACGCCUCGCUAACCCUAUGCGUGCCCUGGCAUAUGCAUAGUAGUUAGUCUAUACUUCAAUGGAUAUAUACACACAAAAAUAUAUAUACAAACAUCUACUAUAUACAUAUACUAUAUAUAUAUAUAUAUAUACUAUAAAGUAACAUAAUUAAGUAUCAGAUGGUACUUGUUGUACUUGCUCGUAUACAUAUUUACAACAAAAGAAACAUUCACACACAUCAGAAGCUUACAUCAAAACCAUGACAAAACAAAUAUACAUACAAGGGGUAUACAACAAAAAUACAUACAUUCUUACAUUACAUAGACCUACAAUACGAAACAUUUCGUACAAUUUUACCUUUUCAAUAUCUAAGUGUCUACCAGAAAUGGAAAGUGGAUAUACUAUACAAAGAAGUUAAGUUAAUGAAGUAAAACGAUAUUGUGCAUGUAAUUACACUCUAUAUACAGUACAUUAAUAUACAUCUGUGUAUGUUGUGUAUGUGUGUCGAUACAGCAAUAUUAUGAAAAACUU